CACGGCGUGGCACCGAUGACGAGGACCAGCGGCGCGAACGGCGGCGGCGGGCAGUCGGGGAAGCUCCCGCGGAAGCGCUUCUACCGGGCGCGCGCGCACAGCAACCCGCUCAGCGACUCGCACUUCCCGAUCCCGAUAUCGCCCGACGACUUCGACCUCUCGCAGCACUACCCGCGCUACUACCCGGCCGACAAGGGCCAGCGCGGCGAUGGCGAGGAGGUGGAGGCGCCCCUGAUUCGCUUUGCGGACGUCGGGUGCGGGUUUGGUGGGUUGCUUGUUGGGCUCUCGCUGCUCUUCCCCGACAAGCUUAUGAUCGGCAUGGAGCUGAGGGACAAGGUGACUGAGUAUGUUAAAGAGAGGGUUCUGGCUUUAAGAGCAUCAAAUCCAGGACAGUAUGACAACAUAUCUGUUGUGCGCACCAAUUCAAUGAAAUACAUUCCCAACUACUUCAGGAAGGCUCAGCUCUCCAAGAUGUUCUUCCUGUUCCCUGACCCUCACUUCAAGGAGAAGAACCACCGGAGGAGGGUGAUUAGCAUGCAGUUGCUCGAUGAGUACGCUUUUGUGAUGGGAGUGGGAGGAAUCAUAUAUACUAUCACCGAUGUAGAGGAGCUUGGUGUAUGGAUGCGGUCAUGUCUGGAGAAACACCCGCUCUUUGAAGCCAUUCCAGAGGAAGAGAUAGAAGUCGAUCCAGUUGUCAAGUUACUGUCUACUGCCACUGAAGAAGGCCAGAAGGUCGCGAGAAACGGAGGUCAAACUUUCCAGGCCAUCUUCAGGCGCAUAUCUUUGCAAGAGGAAUAAGCAUUUGGGGAGUUAGUAGCUCAUAGCACUAGUGCACUUUCCGAGAAUGUGCUAGAUCGAUCUGUGUCAUUUCUAUGCAUUUUUGUUAGUAGGAUUUCAGUAUUCUGUAGUCUUACGGUUGUUGACCAAAAUGUGUGGCUCUACUCUACUUACAAAAAGAAAAAAAAAACGGGAACAUUGCUUUGAGUUCAA